UUGAGUACUGUGGCAGUUUGCAACUGCGACGAAGUAGAGAGAGAGCGACUGUUAUUAAGCUUGUUGAAGAAGUCGAGCUCUCUCGCUCUCAUUUUUCCUCACACCGAUUCCGUUCCGUCGUGCGAUCGUCCUCCCUAGGUUCUUGAUUCUCUCUUGUUUUCAAAGUCUUCAAUGUCUCUCCUAAUCGGCCGCAUUCCAUUGCUGUCGAAGGCAUCAAUGUCUCUCAAAAUCGGCUUGCGGCGGUUGGCUACACUUUCUCACAACAAACCAACAUCUGUGAAGAAGAUACCCAGAGACGAUUACCUUACUAUUGUGAAGCACGUGAUCGCCUCCGGCGACAACCAAACCAAAAACGUCGUCGUCUCGCCUCCCUCUAUCCAUGUCCUGCUGGUCCAAUGCGCCGUCACGUCGGGCGGCUCCACGCGCGCCCAGCUUCUCAAAUAUCUCAAAUCAGAGCGCGUGGAACACCUCGAACCCUUCUACACGCAGAUUGUCUCCACGCUUCUCACCGACGGAGUCCCUUUAUUUGGACCCCACUUGUCAUUCUGGGGUGGGAUCUGGCCAGAUUGGGGCCACACUCUCAAGCCUGCUUAUCGAUAUACUCUCAAGGCCCUCUCGCCUAGGCUGCUCUACGCACACGGCGUCUGUUUCACAGGAAUAUGGAGUGAAAAAUUCGAUGCAAAACUAACAACAGAUGCCGACUUCCACCUCUCAAAUGGCACUACCGUUCGCGCCCCCUUCAUGACCAGCUGGUACAAGCAACGCGUUGGCACCUUCGAGGGCUUCAAAGUUCUGAAGCUACCUUACUAUGCAGGCCUCGACAAGCGCAGAUUCUCCAUGUACAUCUAUCUUCCGAAUGCCAAGGACGGGGUGCCAUCUUUAAUAGAGAGAAUCACCUCCGAGCUUGGGUUCGUGGACAGCCAUCUCCCUCACGAGGGGGCUGUGACUCUUGAUGAAUUUCGCAUACCAAAGUUUAAGAUAGGUUUCGAGCUGGAGUUUUCAUCGAUCGCGACAAAGCUGGGAGUGGUGAAUCUUUCUGAGAGUGGUAUGGGUGAGAUUCAUGGCGAACGGGUGGUUUGUGAGAUCCUGCAUAGGGCGGUAGUGGUGGUGAACGAGAUGGGAACCGAUACAGAAGUGGAAUUGCCAUUGGGCUUAUUUGUGGCAUCUCCGAUGAUGGGUGAGAAGUCGGGGCUGAGAUUCGUGGCGGACCAUCCUUUCGUGUUCACCAUUAGAGAGGAUACGAGUGGGGUAGUCCUCUUCGUCGGUCAACUGCUCGAUCCGCUUGCCCCACCACCAUCUGGAUUCAUCGAAUACCCGGUUACUACUCCGGUUUUCUGGUUUUAAUUCCUUUUCUACUAGAAUUAGUAUGAAUGUCCAUUCUGUAUUAGACAAAUGUUAACCAUUUCAAAACUUGAUGGUUAUGGCAAGCCAAUGCUUGGUAGGUUUCUUAACCGAGAUCAUGAUUCAUGCGCUACUAAGGCGUGACAUUUUGCAGGAAAGGGAUAUUUCUUUGACUCAAGACUCAUUUUGUUAUAUUUUGUCUUGUAUUUUCGAUAUGAUUUACUAUCUUUUGAUUUUCUAAUCUCGUCCAAUUUUGCUUCGACUUA